AGAGCCUAAAUCGAUGAGUUCACCACCACUUCCUCUGCUCAAAAGAGGAGAUCGGCUAUGAAUAAACCCCAACAUUUCUUGUCGGAAUUCAGAGUCUGAACAGCAGCACGUUUGUGAUGGAUAGAAAUCGCAUGAUUGCUUCCACGAUUGGCUCACUUUGUAUACUGAUUUCACUGGCUUCGGAAUCUCUCGGUUACAGACCCGGCGACAUCGUACCCUUGAGCCGCAUGGGUCAAUACCAUAAUUCCAGGACUGUUUGGCAUGAUAUAAUUGGAAAGCACUGCCCCAUGUUCGCUGUUAAUCGCGAGACCUUGAUUCCGAUCCCCAAACCUACUGGUUACACUGGUGCUGAUCCUUAUAAAAUAUCAUUUCAAGUUGGAAGAGAGAAAUUUUAUGUCCCGUGGUUACUUGUGAUUAACCGAAAGAGCACCGAAGUCCCAAUGAUCGAUAUGCAUUUAAGGUACUCAGGGGGAGAUUUUCUUGGCAUUACCACUAAAGUAAUCGAUAUGCCUCACAGCUAUGUUGAAUUUCAUCCUGACAUACGUAAACAAUUUUGGGAUCCACAACAUUGGCCAAAGCAUGUGCUUAUCAGAUAUACAUGGGAAGAACAGUCGGAGAUAGAUGUUGCUUCUGGAUUUUAUGUUCUUUUUGGGUCAGGGCUGAUGCUGACGUUCAUUCUCUCAAUCUACAUUUUACAAUCUUCUCGAGAUAAAUUGGCAAGAUUUGUCAAAGAGACUGUUGUUGACAGCAGCUUGUCCAGCGGUGGAAUGGCAAAAGUUGAGUGAUGUGAUUUCGUAAGUUCUCGUGUGACAGUCUCACCAAACAAGGCUACAAUGAGCCAUACCUUUAAAAGUUUCUUCUCUGAGUUGGACUCAUUUUUAAAUUUGCUCUCAGAGUUUUGGGUAAAUGAUUUGUUGAACUACUUCAGUCGGAUUCAUAGAAUAACACACAAACUCUAUGCAAGAAUGUUAUAAUUUGGCUCUAAUUAUUAUUAGUGAUUCAUAGGACUGGGGGACUGGUGUCUAUUUACUGUAGGAAGUUGAUGCUCCAAAUUUAGGACAAUUCUAUAAUAAUUGUAUCUGUCUCCAUGGAUAGUGAUAAUUCUUCGUGAUGCAUACAUUUGUUAGUUAGUGGCUUCAAUCUUUUCAAUUUGUAAACAUUAACACUAUCUUUGGUUCAAAUAAUUUUAGGUAGUGUUU